AGUGAGAGGGGUGAGAAGCGAAUGAAACUGUCCCUCUUGCGAACUGCGCGAGGUUUCUGUUUUCAUAAAACUGAGGAUAAAACAACUUUCUGGAGUGGAAACCAGUUUAGACGGACAACGCGAUCAUUUGUCAUAAUUCAUCAUUUCAAAGCUUGUGGCAUCCGUUUCCUUUUCCUUUCUUUUUUUUUGCGAAACCGCAAACGGAUGUGUAAGCAUCGAAGUGUUCCUGUAAAUCGACACUGCAAAUGUCGAACUUUUACUAACGCAACGACUCCCCUUUUUUGUUGCCGAAUCGUUACCUUACAGCGAAAACAGAAGUAAGUGGGGAAACAGGUGAUUUGGUAGAUCUGAUGAAAUGGACGUGCGAUUUUACCCUCCUCCGGUUCCACAGAACAGUUUGAUACCGCCUCCAUCAGCAACAGACCCUUCCUGUCCGGAACCCUCGCUUCGCUUUGACCCUCUAUAUUGCAACCAGUUUGACAGAGAGAACAUGUACAUGAGCAUGAGCGAGCCGAUCCAGGACUUCACCCCGGUCUGCCAGGCGUACCCUGUGUCCAGCCUGGGGGACGAUGACUUCAACAUCCCCCCUAUCACGCCCCCCGCCCUCCCCGAGCUCACACUGCCCCCACGAACAGAGUCAGAGCCCGGAACGUACCAUUCCCUGCGCACCCCCGUCACUCAGAGCGGACUGCACCCCUUCCACCCCUACAGAAUGGACUCGCCCGAGGUGACCAUCUCCAACACUUUGAGCCAAGAUGGAGGUCCGGCCCCCAGUUUCCUGUCAGCUAUGCUGCGCAAGACUAGCUCCUCCCAGUGUGGAGCCUACCCGCAAGUGGACGACUUCAGGCCCUGCAUCCAAUCGGUGAUGGUUCAGCACGGUCAGCUGACCACAAUCAACCAAUCGGAGCUCAGCGCGCAUCUUGGGCUGAGUGGGAACGACGUGGUUCACGGCUCGCCGUCCCCGCCGGGGAGCAAGCGCAGGUCGCCGUCCCCGAGCAGCUCCACGCAGGAAGACGAGGCUGACGGGGUCCUGAAGGGCGUGGUCUCGCAGGGGGGCGGAGCAGAGAAAAGGCAGGCCGCAGACCUGGGGAAGCCGCCCAAAGUGCAGAAGAAGAAGAAGAAGAAGGACCCGAACGAGCCGCAGAAGCCGGUCUCGGCCUACGCCCUCUUCUUCCGCGACACGCAGGCCGCCAUCAAGGGCCAGAACCCCAGCGCCACCUUCGGGGAGGUGUCCAAGAUCGUGGCCUCCACCUGGGACGGGCUGGAGGACGAGCAGAAACAGCUGUACAAGAGGAAGACCGAAGUGGCCAAGACUGAGUACCUGAAGCAGCUGGCAGCCUACAGAGCCAACCUGGUGUCCCAGAGCUACUACGAGUCGGGUGAAGUCACCGCUCCGCAGGGCUCCCAGUCGCCAGCGUUCCCCAGGUCAGGACAGGCAAACAGUGGGGUUUACCCCGAACGCUCUCACCCCCAACACCUGCGUCCCACCGCCCCUAUGCCAACACCUCUCCCUGGAGCCAACAUGGCGUCCCCGAUGUCUCUACCUGGAGCCAACAUGGCGUCCCCAAUGUCUCUCCCUGGAGCGAACAUGGCGUCACUGAUGUCUCUGACCGGAGCCAACAUGGCAUCACAGAUGCCUCUCCCUGGAGCCAACAUGGCGUCCUCAAUGUCUCUUCCUAGAGCCAACAUGGCCGCCUCGUCCCCUCCCCCACACCCCACAAUGCAGCGGGGUGUUAGCCUCCAGCACCAGCAGCAGUUUGUUCCCAUGCAAAAGCCCCUUGGCAACCACCAGCCCUUUGGCAACCACCAUCAUCAGCUUCCGCUCCACCCCCAAACCACAGCACAGGGAUUUCUUCCUCAAGCAGAGUUCCUGGGCAUGUUGAGCAGAACAUCAACAGUGGGCCUCGCCUUGACUCCGCCCACCGAUUACAGCCAAUCAGGGUGCAGAGAUUCCUCUUCUCAGGGACUGGAUUGGAGUGUGGAUUACUAUAGCAAUGGGACCCUGCAGAGAUGAACAGGGCCGUCCCUCAGCUCUUCUACACCCUGGUCAGAAGCAGGGGGGCCGGAGUCCACCGUUAAAUCCCAGAGCAAACCUGCCUUCCUUGCGCUACGAGUCUGAAAAGGACAUUUUUUUUCUCCUGCUGAAAUGUGUUAUAUUCCUUAACUGCCAUAGCUUGUAGUAAAACAAAACCCUGAGCAGGAAUGGCCAGGCCAUGUAUUGUUUGGGGUCAGGGAUAUGGUCAGUCCAUCCUCUGUCGAAGGUGGGUUUAUGGCCUGCUCAUGUACCAUAGAGGGUGGGUUUAUGGCAGUGCAUACACCAUAGAGAGUGGGGUUAUAGCCAGCUCAUGUACCACAGAGGGUGGGUUUAUGGAAGAUCAUGUACCAUAGAGAGUGUGGGUUUAAGGUCAGCUCGUGUACCAUAGAGGGUGGGUUUAUGGAAGAUCAUGUACCAUAGAGAGUGUGGGUUUAAGGUCAGCUCGUGUACCAUAAAUGAUGGGCAUUUAAUCAAGUGUUGCACUCCAUCAUUCUUUACAUGCAAUUUAUCAUAAAUUUAAGCAACAGCCCGUUAUUGUGGAAACGGAGGCUUUACCUCUGAGGCUUGCUAAAGAUGAGCAGAAGAGCAAACAGUUUUACCUUUAUGGUUUUACCCUUUGUCUUAAAAGGGAUUUUCUAUUGGAAUAUGUUUAUAUUCUGCCAUCUAAUUUAUAAUUCAAUUAUAGUAUAAUAUUUGCAGUGUUCUCAUUUUGUUUUGGUCUUGCUGAACAUCAGGUUAAAAUAAGUUGUACAUUGAGGAAAAACUACUUAGAAAUAAGGAGUAAGAUUAUUUUGAAGUACAGAGGGCUUGUUUUUUUAAAAUCUAUCUAAUGUUAUUAUUUUUCUCUUAGUAAGUACCACUGAAACCCUCAGCGAGCAUGCCAAAUGCGUAUCUGGCAUUAAUGAGAUUAACUAGCUGUGACAGACUGUACAUAUGGUUAAUUCAUACCAUGUCUUUUUUUUUUUUUUAAACCGAAUGAAACAUUUUGUACCUAUUUAUGAUAUAAUAAAUAUAGAUUUUUGUACCUAACAGUUUCAGAACUGAAAAAUGUGGGGUUUUUUUUUUGGACAGAACUGAUCCAAACAGCUUUGCAAAGACUAUUUUGUGUCAAAAAAUAAAGCUAAACUGCAUUUUUGUGCAGUAACUAGUAACCUUGAGAAUAGUCUUUUUUUUAUAGCUUGCAAUGCAUUUGUUAUUGUAUUUAGCAAAAGUCAGCAUAUCAUUGUUUUUAUGUUAAAUGUCUGUAACUAUACAUAGAUUUGUAAUAUUUAUGAACAUUUAAUACACAACAAUAAAUGACUGGUUUGAACA